AUGGCGAUGAUAAAUGUACUAUCCACUGGUGACACCUCGGGUGUGGCUAUUACAGGGGACAAGACUGCCUUUGCCGAGCUGAUCGGCUGUGUCUCCACUGAGUCAGAUGGAACCUGGAACAUCAUUGAACCGCGUGAACACCAUGUUCCAAAGCCCCAGGCUACAUAUCCCCAAUUACAAACUCUGGCAUCCACGCCAGAACCAGUCUUGUGCCCCACUAGUGAAGAUCUCUCUACAGGUGCUUGGGUAGGUAUUUGCUUGGCUUGUGCCGUGAUUGGUGCCUUUUUGGGAGCUAUGGCGAUGAGAUGUUUGUCCAAAAAGCCGAAGUUUAGCUCAGAAUCGACAUUAUAACUAUUAUACAAUUUAACCGAUACAUAAAUCAGAUCC